AUGUUGCGACGAAGAUCCGCAGGUGUUCCUCGACCGUCAGAGGGCGCUACAGUAGAGGAUCGUCGUACAGCAUCCACGAGUAAACUUCGUGACAUUUUUAAAAAUGGAGGAUCUACCCUUGACGAGGCCUUGGAUGAUUUUGAGAUAGCAACGUGUCACCUACGCAAAAUGAAAGAAGCUGAAGCGGAAGUGCGUGAUGCUGAAAAACAUUUAAACGUAAUCUUGGAAAAGGAGAAACGAAUGGAAAAAGAGUUGCAUAAACUACAACAUCCCGGCUUCUUCUCAAGAAGCAAACCUGGCGACACGUUAGUGAUACGCCAUCAUUUGAGAGAGCUGCUGCAGGUGAUCCAGCAGCGAGAAAAAGCCGAACGACAACUUGCUGAUACAAGGGCAGAAUGUGAAGUUGUAAAAAUGUAUCGUUUUCGACAUGGAAUGAAGCACAGCGAAGACGACGAAGCGAGCCAUUACGAAUGGGCUCCGGAUGGGAUCCGAUUCGCCACGGUACCCCUCCGCCACCGUAUACUGCCAGUGUGA